AUGGCUAUGCUUAAGCAGUUGACAAUUAAUUUACCAUUGGUGGAGGCAUUGGAGAAAAUGCCCAGGUCUCUGGUGCAGAAAAAGGCAGAUCUAGGAGCAUUUAUUAUACUGUGCACUAUUGGGCCUCUUGACUUUACAAAAGCUCUAUACGGCUUGGGAGCUAGUAUAAACUUAAUGCCACUUGUGGUAUAUAAUAAAUUGGGUUUGGAGGAUCCUUCUCCUACAAACAUGAGAUUAGUUAUGGCGGAUAGAUCUGUGAAGUGGCCUGUAGGAAUUUUUUAUGACGUGUUAGUCAAAGUAGCCAGUUUUAUAUUUCCAGCUGACCUUACCAUUAUCAAUUGCGAGGUGGACUUUGAGAGAGCAAAUGAGCUACUAUUCAGGCUGAAUGAUGAAGUAGUUCGAUUUGAUAUUUGUCAGUCCAUGAAACAGCAUAAUGAUAUGAGUGUAUUUUUUAUUUUGGAUGUAUAUUAUGAGGAGGAACACGAAGUGCCGAUUGAAGAGAAAUUUGUUGUUGAGACAUUAGCUGUCGUGUUGAUGAAUUUUGAUCAGGAUGGUAUAGAAGAUUAUGAGUAG